UAAUCGUACACACAUAUACAUAUAGGUAUGGUUUUAUUUUGAGCGAUGCGCGGGAAAAACAAAAAAACAAAAACAACAGGAAGCUUCUUGCCUUUGUUGAUCAGACAACUUCAUUCGUGUUGCGAUCGGGAGGAUUUUAAAAUAGGAGAUGGGAGUAUAGGAUGAUGACGACCUUACUGCGCGGUUCGAUUCAUUCGGUUUUGAGAUUGGAGAGAUUGCAAUUGGACCCCGAGAAGAGGCUAGUGAAGAACGACGUUCAAAUUUGCCUCAGGAAGCACGAGUUCACCAUACAUCCGGUGACAACAGGUGGAAAGCUACAGCGGACGGCAGAGCGUAGGAAGAAGAAACUAUCCAUUGUGACACUUGCCCUCCUCGCUCUCGCUGUAACUCUAUGCAGUUACAUCGCGAAACUGACAUUCCCUUAUCCGUCGCACGCGUCCUGCCUGGUAAAAUGGCAGUUCGGAGAGCCCUGUGUCUUUGUCGCACAGAGACUGAGGAGUCAGAUCAUCGAGUGGUCCAACUACAAGUAUUGCGGAUUCAAAUGCUUGUACAAGAUGAGGGAAGCGUUCGCUUACGAGAAUAACACGAUUCAGGCGAUUCGUGAGUUUCCGCAACGCAGUAGCGUCGAUGAAAUCGAUAUCGUCUUCGCUGACUCGACUCACCACAGCUGCACUGCUUUGGCAAAGUCAAGAUCGAAAGAUUGGUACAGUCUGUUCGACGACGGGAGAAACUACUGCAACCUGCGCGAUCUGAUUACUGGAGCGGGAUACGACGAAGACAGAGAUUUUUUAGAAUUUACCAGCAAUACAAUCUGUACUCAGUACGAUAUGGCUUAUUGUGAUUGAUUUUUAUUAAUUUUUUUACAAAUUUAUCCAUGCGUCUUAUUUUUGAUAACAUAAACAAUUUCUUUUACAAUACGCUCGAGAUUUGACAUUCCAUUUCUUAACAUUACUUAGCUUACUAUAUAAGCUUGUGUAUAUAAUCGUGAAAAGUUAGUAUAAAAUAACAGCUGAGAUUCUAACUUCUAACAACUGCGCAGGUAGAAACACAAAUUAUGAAGGUUUCAGUUGUGCUUUUUUACACGCAACUUUUGUAAUGUGUGUUUUAACAGUUGGCUUAUGCACUAGAUUAGUGUUUUAACUUAAAAAAUACUGUCAUAAGUUUUCAAUAUAUAAAAUCAUAUUAUAUACAAGUCAUAAAUUGAAUAAAUAGUAUAACGCUAGCUAGAAUGAAUCUUGCUCAUAUACAAGUCAUUUUUAUAGAAAAA